AUAAAAGUGAGUCUAUUUGAUGACUUAAGGUACAAGAAUAUAAAUCAUUUAAAAGGAGUAUUCACGAUUUGUAAGUGAUCACAGGAUUCAUCAAAUCAACUGUAGUUUUCAAGAAAUGAUUCCAAAUCAUCUAAUCAAUUUCAUAUUAACGUCAAUUGGAUUUCAAUGGAAUCAUCAUUGACUUUUAUCUUACUUUCAAUCAUUUUCACGGUUCCAUGUAAUAAAAUAAAUAAAAUCAAUAGGAUUUCGUUAACCAUUCUGUGGGAGUUUUUGGUUCGAAAAAAAAAUUCAACAUAAUUCAUUCAAUGAAAUUUGCUAUAAAUUGAUUGAAUAGUGAAUUAAAGUUGUUGUAAAAUGGCUUCAUACGUCAAUUUCAGCUUCUCUUCAACUAAACAGCGUUCAAUCGCUAUUGGUGCUGUUGCCCUAGUAGCCACUCUAAUAACAAUUGGAAUUGUAGUUACAAUUACAAUUAAACAUGGAUCUUCAUCAACUAACAACCUAUUAAUAAAAAGUGAGUUUAAAGUUAAAUUCGAUGAACCUCAAUGGGUACGAUUUGUUGAUAAAGAUACAUCUCUUGUGAAUGCCUUUGUUGGUGGAACUAAUGCUCGGUCCAGUUCAAUUUAUGUUUGUCGAGUCAAUUCAACUAAAUCGAGAGCAUUGGAAUUAUUACCUGGAAUGUUUGAUCCUGACUCCGGUAUCAGUGCAUGUGAAGUUACUUGGGGAGAUGACUCUUAUAGAUAUUAUGAUUUUGACAUACUCGUAGCAAAAGAUCCUUCAGUUCUAGUAUGGGAAUCCGAUACUUAUGGAGAUGCACCCAUCGGUGCUCUAAGUGGAGGCAUUUCCGAGAUGAAUGAUGAACUUCAAAUAUCAAGAGCUGAUAUUAAUUCGGGUCAAUAUAUUGGUAAAGUUCAUGGGCGACAUUCAAGGGCCUAUGUAGCAUAUGGCAGCAGAGAAAGGACCGUUCGAACUUAUCAAGUUUUGUGUCUACAAGAUUACAGUUUAGGUUGACAAACUGUUACCAAGUGUUGAUAAAAUCGCAUUACUCCCAAAGACCCACAGUGUAAUGUGACUCUUAGCUUCUGGUCUAGGCGCACGAUCGCAACCGUAUUACUACUGUAUUUCAAAUGUAACUUCCCUGGUUUAGUUGAGUUUAUAAAGUUUAAAUAUCUGUAAUGAGCAAAGAGCAAAUUGUAAAGGGUACAUGAUGAAUCGUGU